CAGUUCUCGCGAUAUUUCUGACGUGAUCAUGAACGAGAACAUGUCAGUAACUUUGGGAAAUCUCACCGGAAAAGUUGCUCUGAUUACAGGAGCAAGUUCGGGUAUAGGUGCCGCCACAGCAGUAUUAUUCUCAAAGCUUGGAGCAAGGCUUGCAAUUCAUGGCAGAAAUGAGACUAAUUUACAAAAGACAGCUGCUGAGUGCGCGGGAACAGAAAAGCCAUUUCUGUGUAUUGGUGAUCUAUCAAAAGAAGAUGACACUAAACGAAUAUUUGAAGAGACUGUUAAGCACUUUGGAGGCCUGAAUAUAUUGGUGAACAAUGCAGGAGUGAUAGAGACAGGCAGCAUUGAGAACACAUCACUGGAGCAGUAUGACCGAGUCAUGAAUGUAAAUGUUAGGUCAAUUUAUCAACUUACAAUGUUAGCUGUGCCUUAUCUAGAGAGGACAAAGGGCAACAUUGUAAAUGUAUCCAGUGUCAAUGGACUGCGCUCAUUCGCUGGUGUCCUUGCUUAUAAUGUAUCUAAGAGUGCAGUAGAUCAACUCACACGAUGCACAGCUUUAGAGUUAGCUCCUAAGAAAGUUAGAGUAAACAGUGUAAAUCCUGGGGUUACCAUAACAGAACUUCAGAAGAGAGGGGGAAUGUCAGAGGAAAAUUAUGAAAAGUUUUUGGCGAGAUGUAAAGAGACCCAUGCACUAGGUCGACCAGGGGAAGCUAUUGAAGUUGCAGAGGCAAUUGCUUUCCUCGCAUCGGACAGUUCUUCCUUUAUAACUGGAGCUCAGCUCCCUGUUGAUGGUGGUAGACACGCAUUGUGCCCUAGGUAGUGAUGCAUUGUCUCUGGGUAGUGAUGCAUUGUGCCCUAGGU